AUGCCAUAUCCACCAAUCCGUCCCCAGGUAGGGGCCACAUUUACCCCAACAGUCCAUCACGACACAUACUCCGCCAUCAACCCAGUAAUCUGCCAGGGCAGCGUCGGGAAAUCCGUCCUCGUCACUGGUGCCGGGAAGGGCAUGGGACGCUGCACUGUGGUGUCAUAUGCAAAAUCCGGGGCGUCCCGCAUCGCAGUCUGCGCUCGAAAGAUAGACGAAGCACAGGCUGUUUGCGAUGCGGCUCUUGAAGCUGUUCGGCAGGCCGGGUUAACGACCUCACUGCAGAUGCUUCCGCUCGAGAUGGAUGUGUGUGAUCAACGCAGUGUUGCUGCUGCUGUCGCGAUCCUAGAGUCAUCCUAG